UCGUUCGCUACAAAGAAUCAGCUCUUCGCGAACGACCCAUCACUAGUAGCCUAUUUCCCAACGUCUCGUCAUAACCUGUAAACAAACUUUCCUAUUGUUUGGAAACUUUCCUGUCAAACUUUAGCGAUGCGACUCGAGAUUAUAUUUCUGCUUUUGGUACAUUUUGUACAACCUUAUACAUGUAAAAUGCAUCUCGUUGGUGGAACUACCAAGGAAAAAGUUGCCGAUGAAAAAGUGCAAAAAAUAUGCGAUGAGAUGAAGUCUUAUGUCGAGGAUAAAGCUGGGCGGACUUUUGACGUUUUCAUCGCCAAGUCUUAUAAAACGCAACUUGUUGCGGGGACAAAUUACUUCAUCAAGGUGCAUGUAGGAGGAGACGACUAUAUACAUCUACGUGUUUAUCAAACUCUGCCCUGUUAUGGUGAAGAACUAAAGCUACACGGCCUGUUGACAUCCAAGACUCAUCGUGAUGCCAUUAAAUAUUUCGCCCAGAACCUCCAGGCAUAAUAUUUCCUGCAAUUGAUCCAAGGAACAUCAUACGAGCCUAUGUGUAACCAUGAGUAAAAGAUAAUGAAAAAGUUGUUUUUAUCUAAUUCUGCCUUCACGUGCUUUCAGUAAUUUGAUCAUUCCAACUUUUUAAGUCGUGAUUACGAAUUUAUUGUCUUCAGGCAGGGGCGUCAUGCACCUAAUAUUUUAAUACCAGUAGCGUAGCCAGAAAAGAGACUGGGUGUGCAUCUGAAAAUCUGGGUGUGCCACAUUUAUUGCCAUAUUACUGUGCAAAAUUAUAAACCAAAAGCAUAUAACCAUGAUAAUGGCACCAUAUAGUGCAUUCUUAUUUCUGUGCCCUGAGAAUAUGAUUUAAAAUGUUUAGUGAUGUCACAGAACUGCCAGCCAGAUUCAAACUGCUUUUGCGCGUUGGUUGGUGCUGAGCUAGACGGACGUGCACAAACACAAUUUAUUGUAACCAUUGACUUUCAUAGCAAGAAAAAUAUUAUGGAAAUAUUGUAAUAAAUGUGUGUGUUCAUCACAAAAAGAAAUUCAUACAGGUUUAGAACAACAAUUUCCAUAAUAUUUUUUUUGAAAAAUGCAGAAUUUUCAUUUUGGGUGAACUAUCCCUUUAAUAAAGCGUAAAAAUAUCUAACGUUAACUGCAGUAAUUCAGUAAAAGUUUUUCAGGGAAUCUAAACUCCAUGAUAAACCUUAAACUUACUUCAAAUAGCAGAGCGCCCAACAUAUGGAUUAAUCUUUAUUACGAAGUUAAGUCAGGAGCUGUGAGUGAUUUUCUUUUCUUCUUUUGAUAUUUAAUUAACUUUGAUGACAGACUCCAGAGGUUAGGCUUAUUAUAAGACCGAAUGCAAUCAAAUGUUUAUUUGUUUAAGACAACCAAUUGUUUACUAUGAAAAUCACUAAGACAUCUAUGCAUAUGAGAAUUUUAAGCCAAAAAGACGCGAACAUAAAGUCGUUUAAGCUCUGGCUGUGGCUGUGCACGCGCGCUAUCGGUGGGUAUGAUGCGCGUCGUUCAAGUUGAAGGUGGCAAUCCAGUCCAACUAAUAAUCAUACAAUAGCCUAUAAAGAUCACUUCAAUAAUAAAAAAUUUUGAUGGGUUUUGUUGUAAAAAGAAAUGCCAAUCUUAGACUUUAUUCUGUCCACAAGACAAUUACUAUACACACAUUCCAGCCUAUAUACGCUGAAAUCGUAUUAGCAAUGUACAAUUUCCCUUGCAUCAUUACAAGCAUGUAUACAUUUAUCUUUUGUUUUAUGACAAGUAUUAAUAAAGGAAAAACGAAAUAA